AUGAAAACGGAAUGGGGAAGACUAAUUAUUGAGAAAAGAUUUGGAGCUAAGCCUAAGAUCAAGCCAAAAGUACAAAGAUGCUCAGCUACGGAGUAUGGGGGGAUAGAGAAGCUCUCUGAGCAGCUAACGGUAAAGAACAGAAAGAUAUCCGCAGGAAGGCCUGCUAAUUCCGUGGAAGAAUUUGAAGAACAAAGCGAGGUGGAUGUUAUUGUGGAGAGGCUUUCCCAAUCGUUUGAGUUUUCGAGGACAAUUCCCCCACGUGUUCCAUACAAGGGAAUUGAAAAAGAGCUCUUUAAGGAGGUUGAAGGAAAGGUUUUUGAUCGGUGGAAAGGCCUGCAAAGAUGUACAGUGUUUGAGAGAAAUAUAGAGAUAUGGAGACAGCUGUGGAUUACUUGCGAGAGAAGUGACGUCAUAGUGCAAAUAGUCGAUGCAAGAAAUCCGGAAUUCUUUCUCAACGAUGACAUCCGUAAGCUUUAUCCAAAGAAAGAACAUGUUGUUUUAAUCAACAAGUCAGACCUAUCUUCGAAUAGGACAGAGAUCAAAGGAUAUAGAUGUUUUCACUACUCUGCAUUGGAAGGAAAAAGCCUCUUGAAGUUUGUUCUGGGGUAUAAAGGAAAGAUGGUUGGAUUUGUGGGGUAUCCAAAUGUUGGGAAAAGCAGCACAAUCAACUCAAUAAUGAACAGUAAACGAGUCAAAGUUAGUCAAACACCCGGUAAGACUAGACACAUACAGACAAUAUACAUCGAGGACGGGCCAUGCCUGCUUGACUGUCCUGGGUUGGUUUUCCCAAGACACAGGAAACUUGAUCUUAUACUUCAUGGAAUACUAAAUGUUGAUCAGCUACUAGAUCUGAAUAGUAGUGUUGAUUACAUUAUAGAGCUCAUUGGGAUUGGAAAGCUCUGUAGAUUUUAUUCUCUAAAAGGAUUUUAUAAUGACUCAAGAUAUUCUAAAGGAACUAACUACAUAAACCUGAUGUCAAUGUCAAAGGGAUGGGAGACGAGUAGGUGUUUAAAGACAAUAGUCAAGGACUUUGUCUCAGGAAAAAUCCCGUACGAGAAGAUAGAUGAAAAUUGUCUGGAGGCUAUGUUUGACUGGUAUGAGAAGGAGAUUCCUCAAAAGAGCUUUAUGUAG